CGGGGAUCCCGGGGUGGGGAAGCCCCGGAAGCUGGAUUUGGGACCCUGACGGGUUUAGGUGAUGAUCAAGUGGGGACCCAGGAUGCACGAGGAGUGAAGACUGACCUGCUCCCAGCCGCAUACUUCCCGGGAUGCUCUGAGCGUUCCCAGGAGCCCCACAGAACAGCAGCCAGAUGGCCUGUGAUUCAGAAAGGGUGGACUUCCUGGAUGCAUUUUUCCGAGACUUCCCAACCCCACUCGACCCGGAUAGCCCCUUGCCAUGGAGGCCCUCAGGAACAACGCUGAGCCAGGAGGAGGUGGAGGGUGAGCUGGCUGAGCUGGCGAUGGGCUUCCUGACCAGCAGGAGUGCCCCACAGCCACUGGCUGCAGCUCUGACCCAUGAGGCUAUUUCCCAGAUGCUGCAGACUGACCUUUCGGAGUUUAGGAAGUUGCCCAGGCAAGAAGAGGAAGAAGGGGAGGACAAUGAGGAAGAGAAGGCUGCGGCAACCUUGCUAGAUGGCACAGGACUGGCACGGAGUUUCUUUAACCAGCUCUGGAAAGUAAGUGGCCAGUGGCAGAAGCAGGUGCCAGUUACUGCCCGGACCCCACAGAGGGAGUGGGUGGUCUCUAUCCACGCCAUCCGGAACACUCGCCGCAAGAUGGAGGACCGGCAUGUGUCCCUUCCUGCCUUCAACCUGCUCUUUGGCUUGUCGGACCCUGUGGACCGUGCCUACUUUGCUGUGUUUGAUGGUCACGGAGGUGUGGAUGCCGCAAGGUAUGCUGCUGUCCACUUACACGUUAAUGCCGCCCACCAGCCAAAGCUGCUUAACGAUCCUGCAGAAGCCCUAAAAGAAGCCUUCCGGCACACUGAUGAAAUGUUUCUCUUGAAAGCCAAGCGAGAGCGGCUGCAGAGUGGCACCACAGGCGUAUGCGCACUUAUUGCUGGAAAGACCCUGCACAUUGCCUGGCUAGGGGACUCCCAGGUCUUCCUGGUGCAGCAGGGAGAAUUGGUGAAGUUGAUGAACCCACACAGACCUGACCAACCGGAGGAGUGGAAGCGCAUCCAACAAUUGGGUGGCUAUGUGGUUUUCCUGGACUGCUGGAGAGUCAAUUCAACCCUGGCCGUCUCUAGAGCCAUCGGGGAUAUAUCCCAGAAGCCCUAUGUGUCUGGGGAGGCAGAUUCAGCUUCCCGGGAGCUGACUGGCUCUGAGGACUACCUUCUGCUCGCCUGUGAUGGCUUCUUUGACUUUGUCCACCUUGAGGAAGUCGCCAGCCUUGUUCACAGUCACCUGGUCAAACAGGAGGGCAAUGGUCUCCGUGUUGCUGAGGAGCUGGUGGCUUUGGCCCGGGAGCGAGGCUCCAAUGACAACAUUACAGUUGUGGUGGUCUUCCUUAGGGACCCCCGAGAGCUGCUGGAGGGCGGGGUCCAUGGGGCAGGGGACUCCCAGGCAGAUAUGAAAAGCCAGGACUUGCCCUCUGGCCUCUCAAAUCCCAAGACCGACACUCCACAGAAAAGCUAGGUGGUCCAGGUCCCCCAUCACCCCACCCCGACCCUUCCCUCCACCCCUGUGAUUCUCCUCAGAGGUCUUAGGACUUGACAGUCUAUAGUGGGCAGGAUGUACCCACCCACACAAUGCUUGCUGCAGUACCCCAAGACCGCUGGCGGUAUGUGCCUACAGCCUGUUCUGGUAACUGCAGAACUGCUCCAGGCAGGGCUCAAAGCAGGCAUAGGAAAAGACCUUAUCAACGUGAAGAUGAUCCAGCAAGUCGCCUGGCUCUUUCCUACCUCUCAUUAAGGCAGGGGUGGGCCCAGAAGUAACAGACACCUGGUAGCAGCCUGACCAAAGACAGGGUGUGCAUCUGGAGCGCGGGGGUGUGCGUGUAUGUGGAGCCUCCAACAGAUCUCGGGCACAUCCUGGGGUCAGGUCACGUAGGCAUGGAUUGCAGCCUAGCUCUCUCAUUGUUUCUCACCAUGGCCUUAGCUAUGGAUGGCCAUGGUGGGAGGAAGGAUCGUACUGAUGGAGAGGCCUGGCAGGUCCCGGUUGACCACGUUGGCUUCCCAAAGAGGAGAGGACAACCUCCCUGGAGAGGGAGGCCAGGGAUCGGGUCCACAGCUGCCAGCGGCCACCCACGAUGUGCUAGGGCCCACAAGAUCCUCUUCCUGCUUCCCUUGAGCACCCUGGAGAGGUGAGGCUCUGCACUUAGUGGCACAAGAUGUGUGUGUCAUUUGUGUGUUUGGGUUUUAUUCCAGGAAAAGUCUAAUUCAGAAGCAGUAUUUCAGAUUUUGUUUUUGUUUUGUUAGUGCCAAGUUGACUCACAGUGUCAUAUAAUUUAAGCAGAGCUUAGUGUUUAUUUCUUGGAAAAUUUAUUUACUUUUUGGGUUGGUUUUUUUGUUUGCUUAUUUUCCUAUUUUGGAAAUGUUUUCAUUGCAGUAU